CAGCCAAAACGCUAGCUAGCUGCAGCGAUGAUGUCUCGCUCCUGCUACCUCGCCGUGUCGGUCCUUCUCGCGGUCGCCGCGACAGCCAGCGGCGCCAUCGCGCCGGCGUUGCUGCACGAGGUGCGCCUCGAGGAGGAGGGCCUGCUGGUCGCGGAGGGCGCGAGGGUGGCGUCCACCUGGGCGGGCAACAAGGUCUCGCGGGCGCAGCCGAUGGAGGCGUGGCCGAGCGGCGGCGUGGCCACGCAGGGCGACGACCAGAGCUCGUCGGGCGGCGGCGAGCACGCCAAGGAGGAGGGGAGCAGCAAGGAGGGCGAGAAGCAGGGCAGGAGCUGCCUCACCAAGGAGGAGUGCCACAAGAAGAAGGUGCUCUGCGGCAAGGCCUGCACGCUCUCGGCGCACAGCAAGUGCGCCGCCAAGUGCACCAAGUCCUGUGUCCCUACCUGCUAGGACCCGCCGACGAGGAAGCUAGUUUCUGUGAUGCAAUUGCCAAGAUGAUUGGAAUAAGGACGGGUACUUCUUGCAUGCAUGCCUCUGGUCUAGGGUGCCAUUUGGUUUUUGUCUGCAUAAUGGUUUGUGUAAGGUACUGUUGUUUAACAUGCCACACUACCAGCUGCCUGCCUAACAACAGUACAAACACGUAGAUUUUUGCCAGAUCAGGGAAAAUGGAAACUCACCGAAACCAGUUCAAGGCAACACCACAUGAUAUCAUUUUCACUCAAUGCAGUGCAUGACAAAGGGAGGUACUCAGAAGAAGAAAAGAUAUUAAUUCUUCAAAAUGAUGU